ACAGAGCCAUAGCAGUAGACGGCGUUAGAAGUUGGAAGUGUCUAGAAGUGUCUUUAAGUGAGUUGUUACAACUUUGGAAAAAAAAAAAAACAUGAGCACUAAGGUUUUGUGGGCUUCCUUAGCUGUUCUCCAGUUGGUGGUAGCCUACGCACGGCAUGGUGUGAAGACGGGUCGGUCUGUUUCAUGCAAAGAAGACAUGGAAUACCUGCACAACGGCAUCUGCUGCGUGAAAUGUGAAGCCGGUCAGUAUGUUCAAACCCCCUGCACUGAAACGGGCAAGAAGGGAACAUGUGAGGAGUGUGACUAUGGGACGUUCACGGAGCACGCCAACGGACUGAAACAAUGCAUCAAGUGCACCCAGUGCCCUCCAGAUCAGGAAAUAGUCAGGAGGUGCUCUCACACCCAGGAUACGUUGUGUCAGUGCAAGCCGGGGAGGUACUGCCAUCCAGACGAAGCAUGUGAAAUAUGCAAAAAGUGUUCCAGAUGUAACAGCGAUGAGGAGGUGGUGAAGAACUGCACAUCUACCAGCAACACUGAGUGCAAGAAACGGCAGGGCAAAUCCAGCCCAGAUGCAGACACUGCUCUGACUGCAGGACUGACUCUGUUUUUUGUGGUACUUUUUCUUGGUUUGGUCAUAUUUAUCUUCAUCUUCUGGAAGAAGAAAUGGAGAACAGCAGAUUCCAACAGUUUCAAACCGGGUUAUAUUUCAGUGAGCAAGACUCACAGCACCAAUCCAAGCACAUAUGUAAACAUAUAUAAACCUCAAGGAAAGGAGGAGACAAUAAAUCUGUGUGAAAGCAAUCCCAGCUCUGCCAGCAGCUCUCAGCACAACCUAACUGACCCCGCUGAAAUGCUCCCCUGGGAAGACCCCAACAUUAGGGAAGACGUGCCAUUCCCCACCCUCAUUCCUAAGAAUGGUGUCGAAUCUCUCACGGCGUGCUUUGAAUUCUUUGAAGAGCUGAACGUGGACUUUCACAACAGGUUCUUCCGUAAGCUCAGCAUAGAAGAUAACAAGAUCAGAAGCAAAGAUCAUCAUUCUCAUGAAGACCGGAUCCAUUAUCUGCUGGCUUACUGGGUGGAGAAGAAGGGGAAAGAAGCCAGUCUAAACGACCUGCUGAGAGCUUUACUGGAUCUUAACCAAAGAAGAACAGCAGAGACAAUCAUGGACAAUGCUGUUAAGAAAGGUUACUAUGAACUUGAGAGUUUUUCUCUGGGAGAUGAUUAAAUGAAGAGUAUUAAGUGUUUUUCAUUUUAUACUACAAUGAACAAUGUUACUGUGAGUUGUGAAAAUGCUGUAAAUACUAAAAAUGUCUUCUAAGACAUUUGACUUUGCAUCACAGCUGCAUCUGAUGCCUUGAAACUGUCCUGUCCUCCGUCUUCAGAAUGGUGUGUCUAAUUCCGUUUACAGCUGCUGUUAGCUCAGCAGAGUGCAGUACCACCAGAUGUUGCUAACCGCUGCUGUUGCUAGUCUGGUGGAGCUGCACUCUGCCUAGAAUUUGUCUAUAUUAAGUUCUGUCUCUAGUAUUUGUUUUUAUAUCUGUAUAUUUAUGUUGCUCUUUUGAUUGAAAAUCCAGACCGAAUAGAAUGUUGUGUUCAGGGUGGUCAAUGUUACCGUUUUUUUAUUUCUCAUGUACAUUUUUUAUAUUACAUGGUGAAUGAUGAUUCAAAGUGAUUCCUGAACAUUUAUUGAAAUGUUUGUGAUCUCAUGUAUUUAUGCACUGAAAACAGGUUUAAUUUAUUAUAUCAUCCUUUUUCAUCCCUGUAUUGUAUUAAAUGUUUUCCCAAUCAUGAGGUGCUUUUGUUAGGCUUAAUUUCUUUUUUGAGAUGUAAUUUAUUAUCCUCAGGGGCUCUUAAUAAUAGCAAAACAUUAUAGAAGAUCAAUUCUUAUUUUGUUCUGUUUGACAUUUGACUGGAGUUUGCUGAAGCUUAAUGUACAUAUUUUUCGUCCACAUUUUCUAUGAAGUGAUGUUCUGUUUGUCAGCUGGUUCUGAUUGGAUGUAUCGGCUUCAGUCUAUUCUUAGAAUUUUUUUACAUACAUUUUUCAGUUCUGAUAACUUGCUGUUCAUCUGUGGUUCAGCUCAUUCUGAUAUAAAGAUGAAAGAAACACAAA